GUACUUCAUUAAAUUCUUUAUCUUCCAGUUUCCUAUUGAUUUAGUCUAAAAAAAUAUGGUUGCGGUGUCGUCGCCGGCUUGUAUGAGAGCCAAGAAAACCAAGGCAGUUCGGAUUCCGGUGGUCGAUCUUUCACUCGACAGGUCCGUAGUGACGGAGCAGAUCGUCAAAGCUUGCGAGGAGUACGGUAUCUUUAAGGUCAUCAACCAUGGUAUCCCUUGGGAGGUAACAUCUAGACUGGAAGCUGAAGGUGUUCGAUUUUUCGGCAAACCAGCUGGUGUUAAGCAGCGGGCGGGUCCGGCCACCCCUUUUGGCUACGGUCUCAAAAACAUCGGACUCAAUGGCGAUAAGGGUGAACUCGAGUAUCUUCUUCUCCACACCAAUCCUUUCUCCAUUGCUGAACGUUCCAAAUCCAUCUCCAAUGAGCCUCAAAAUUUCACCUGUGCUGCGAAUGAUUAUAUAGAAGCAGUGAAGGAGCUAGCGAGCCAGGUUCUUAAUCUGGUGGCCGAGGGUCUAUGGAUCCCGGAUAAGCACGUCUUCAGUAGGCAAAUCAGAGACGUCCAAAGUGACUCAGUCCUGAGGUUCAAUUAUUAUCCGGCAGUGAACAAUCGGGACCCAUCUUCUAAAGCUUGCAAAGAGGUUCAAAUAGGAUUUGGAGAGCAUUCGGACCCUCAGAUCCUCACCGUGUUACGAUCCAACGAUAUUGCUGGACUUGAAAUCUGUUUGCAUGAUGGGUUUUGGAUCCCGGUUCCUCCUGACCCGACUCAAUUCUAUGUGAUCAUCGGAGAUGCCUUGCGGGUUCUAACGAACGACAGAUUUGUGAGUGUCAGGCAUAGGGCGUUGGCGAACUCGACUCGGAAUUCACGGAUGUCGAUGAUGUACUUCGGAGCCCCGCCUCUUACCGGAACCAUAUCGCCUCUGCCGCAGUUUGUGUCACCCCAGAAGCCUAGGCUAUAUAGGCCGUUUACAUGGGGCGAGUACAAGAAGGCUGCCUACUCCACACGCUUGGGGGAUUGCCGUCUUGACCUCUUCAGGCUUCGUCCCAGCGACGACAAAUUGGAUUUGUUAAGCUAAGACAAUUUUCAUGCUCUUGCGAGGAGUUCAACUAAAUAGAAACAUGUUGAAAUAUCAAAAUCAUAUUAAUACACGGUAUAGGAUUUGAGUUGUAAUUAUACAAUAAACCUCAAAGGGUGGAAAUCGGUAAUUACGAACGUUUUAUAUUCU